GUACCUCGUUUCCGUGCAGAAAGGAGUUCGAUUUCUAGCGAAGGAUCCAAGAAGCGCUGAAACGCAGUACAGUGCAGAGUUGGGCCUAGCAGUUGAUACCUUUCUGCUAACAUUAGUGGAAUUAGUCCCAAUGGAACUGAGAAGAACAGUCUUUCACUUGGCUCUUUUUGCUGCGCUGCUGUCGUGCACUGCAUCUACUCCUCAACGAUGGUAUUCGUCGGAAGAUGAUUCUAGACACCGUGGACCAGACACUGACGUCGAUAUGCCCCUGAGUCGAGUGUACUAUCGGGAGAUGACAACGCCCAGGAUGCCUCCCUGGCACGACUUCCACUUGCCCCCGAUCCCGAACAGCAGAGACUAUGGUGUCCCAUAUAUCCCAUUUAAAAUCGAGGCCGGCGAUGACUAUGAUGUCUCUGACUUGUAUGAUGUGUCGGACGAUGCGACAUCUGAAGUUCUCAUGACGACGGAAAGAACGCAGAAAGUGGGAACUGUAACGACGGAAAUGUUUCUUGCCGAUGAUCACAAGCACGAACGCAACCACAUGCACAGCUCUUCAAGUUGCAAAAUCUAUUCCAUUUGUGUACUACUAUUGCCAUUUUCUGUUUUUAUAAAUUGGUUUUUUAAAUCUGUUUAACUAAUGAGUUUAAGAAGGUGUAACAAUUUUUCGGCAGCGUUUCACAAUAUUGGAACUGACAUUUUGUGUUGCUUUUUAAGUACGUAAUAAUCCAUACAACCAUAUGAGGAGUUAAUUAUUAAAUAUGAACUUUUCAAUGCACUUCGAAUUAGUAAGUCUUUCUUAGUCAUUAACAGCAUUAUAGUUUUCUGACUCAAACGUUUUAACUUCUCGCCCCCCCCCCUUUUUUCGGUGAAAGAAAUUGAGGGGAAAAAAGGGGAAACAACUAGGUUGAGGAGUAUGUCAAGCAAAAAAGCUGACUUGUAAAUAGUAGUAGUAAAUGAAGAUAAUAUUCUAUAGCUAAACAUUUAUACAUAUUUUCUGUUGUAUGAGAGAAAAGUCAUCAAAAAUAUAUGUACAUUUUUGUUAAAAAGAAUGUUUUUCAUUUCGUUGUUGUAACUUUUUUGUAUUAUGUGUCCUACUUCACUUUUUACUGUUGAUAAAAUUAAAAGCAUCUUUCAAACGCUAAUUGUAUGACAGUGAUUGCUUUGUUUAAUGCUGGGUGUGCAAUAAAAUCUGUAGAGAAAUGUAUUUAUGUAGCAAAAAGUAUAAUAAAUUCAAAAAAAU